AUGGCUGUUUCUCACUGGCUCCUCACUUCUGUGCUCUUUCUGCUGCCCUUCGUAACACAGGUUUCAGCACAGCAACAAGGAUGUGCUGUCAAUAACAACAAACCGAGCAUUUAUGAAAAUAGCCCUCCUGGCUACGUGGUGACCACUAUCGAUGUGGAACCAGACUUCACUGCAAUGAUUGAUCAUGCUUCCCCCCAUGUCAGUUUUUUCACUCUACAGGGGUCCAAGCUGCAGCUGAGCCGAAGUGUGGACUAUGAGGAAGACACCUUGCUGCUGGUGUACCUGAUUUGUCAGAACAUCGAUGGGCAGAGGAAUUCUUUGGAAAUUCUUGUAACCGUUCUCAAUGUGAACGAUAACAGCCCAGUGUUUAAGCAAACGAACCUCACUGACAUUGUUCCUGAGGAUACAAAAGUGAAUGCAACCAUUGUAGCCCGUGCAGAUUUAAGCGCUAGCGAUGCUGACCUGGACACCAUAUUUUACGAACUCACAACAAUAGUGUCGGGCACAGAUGGUUAUUUUGCCAUAAAAGGAGUUAAUAACCCAGAAAUUUAUUUACAAAAAGCAUUGAACUAUGAGAAAUUUAAUUCGACAACGUUGGUCUUGUAUGCAAGGGACAGGCCUGUGGGCAGCACCGACACCAUCAACACAGCUACCACAACAAUAAACAUAUUUAUUGAACAAGCUGACACCAAACCACCCUGGUUCCUACCCUGUACUUUCAUUGACACAGGCAAAAGCAUUUGCAUCAGCAGCCCCUAUACAGGGAGGGUCAAUAUCUCCGAGAUACCGACGGAACCACUCAUCCUAGAGCCGGGGCCUAUCUAUGCUAUUGAUCCUGACUACACUUUAAAUGAAAAAAUCAUGUACAGUAUUGUUGGUGGGGAUACAGAUGAAGUAUUCUCAGUGAAUGCAGACACAGGGAAUCUAACUAUGAAAAAAGCAGCAACUUCCUCAGCCUCCUACCUAUUGCAAGUCAUGGCCACCCAAGUCAACAACAUACAGAAAUACUCCAUAGUCAGUGUAGAGAUUAAGGUCAUCAAUAAAAGUCAUUAUCCACCGUACUUUGAGAGCAAGAUCUACAAUGGGACAGUACGUGUUCUUCUGCCCCCAAGAAGCUUUGUCUUCAAAGCUGGCAAUCCUUCAGCCCCCCUGAUGAUAACAGCAGCGGAUGAAGAUUUCCCUGAUAAAGUCAACCCAAACAUUGAGUACUACAUAAAAAACAGCACCGAUUUCAUCGCAACCAAAGAUGGACUCAUCCUGACAAACGUGAUGCUGGAGUCAACAGGAACUGUAACCAUAGAGGCUGUUGCAAAAGAUAUGGUGAGCCUGCAGGAGGUGAGCACUGUAAUCGUGGUGGAGGUCAUCCCUGCAACAGCUGUAUCCUCCCCUGAUAAGAGAUACACUGCUCAGGAUAUGGGUAUCUUAGGUGGUACGUUAGCAGCACUGCUAUUAAUUGCCUUAGUCUUCCUUGGAGUGAUGAUAUUUAAACGGUAUGGAAAAUCAGUCAAAUACCCAACAAGGAAAAAGGUAAGUGCGGAAAUCCUUGGGGGUUACCAGAACAAAUCUUACAACCAAUAUGAACACCCAGAUGUCAGCACCAAACAGCACGAGACAUCAGAAAAUGGCAGUGUCCAGUUGAAGACACAUGUGCUAGAGCAGCCAGCACUUCCCUUGCCCUCUUCCAACACAGAAGAAACUGAUAGCCUCCCAAAGGCUUCUAUAGCUUCCACCGUCAUCUUUGACCAGGAAGAGAAAGAAGAAGAAGUGGAAGAAGAAACUAAGCAUGAGAAAGAAGUGAAGUCUAUCCUCAAGACAGACAGGCACGUGGCAGAUGAUGGCUACAAAGCUGUGUGGUUUAAGACUGAUGUGGAUCUAGAUGCUGGAGAGAGGGCUGAAGUGAUAGAGGACAAUGCAGCAGAUGGCGAUGAUGACAGUGACCAAGAUCUGCAGAAGAAUGAUGAUGAGGAGGAAGAAGAUUAUGACAAGGACGAUCAACACAGAGGGCUGGGAGUGUCCUUUGCCUCAGAGAGCUCAUCACUCUCAGCUGCAGAAGUGACAGUCAACAUGUCUCACACUGAUGCGGUGACAGAAGAUGAUGAUGACAUAUAA